AUGAGACUGUCUUUCGAGAACGGCACAUUGAAGAAUCAUAAUGGCACCGUCAAUCAAUGCCGGACCUAUUACCCCAAGCCAAUUCCAACCGAAGCAGCACCAGCGUGGGCAUCGCGGUCACCGGCCCCAUCACCUCCCCAUUCCCAUCUCGGGUUCCCGGAAACCGAUGAUGCCCAAUACGACAAUAUAAACGGCGAUCAUGGCAUCACUGGCAGCAAGAAUUCUUACAACCCUCUUCUCUCACAGGGGUAUCAGCAUGAUCGAAACCUGUCCCCUCCUAUUUCCCCCUUCCAGCAGGCCACGGACAUGAAGAGACCCCGUCUACACGUUAUGCCGGUGACGGCCACCAAGAACUGCCGCCGCUACUACUCCUCCCCACUGAAUAAUGAAUGCCAAUAUACCCCAGUAGAGCUCUACGGCCUUGAACAACGAGAACCCUCGAUCACCGAACGACCCAAGUUCUUGAACCGCUUCUCCCACGCCCUGGACGAUAUCAGGGAAGAUCUCCCGCUUCAGCUGGACCCACGGAACACAACGCAGAAGCUCAGACGACGGAGGGAAUCGAUGUUGGUGUCUCCCACGAGCCCCCUCGACGCGGCGUCAGUGAGGACGGGUCCGAGUCCAACACCGCUAUCACAGGCAGCACCAGCACCCAUGGCGACGUUUAACAACACCAACAACACUGUCAGCAGCGACAACCGCAAGGAUUCGCCGUCUCCGCCCAGAAGAGGGAGAUUCGUGAGGAGACUGUCGAUUCUGAGUCUCGGCUCCGCGAGGAAGAAGAGCAUUCGUUCGCAGGGGAUUACGAGUAUUUCGCAGCCAAAUCUGAUCGGAUCGUCGAACAAUUUUUGA